GUGACUUUAACACGUUGACUUUUUUCAACAAACCAUAAAGAUAUCGGCACCCUCUACAUAGUCUUCGGUGCCUGGGCCGGGAUGGUUGGGACUGCCCUAAGCCUCCUCAUCCGGGCCGAAUUGAGUCAGCCCGGAGCCCUGCUCGGGGAUGACCAAAUCUAUAAUGUUCUUGUUACCGCCCACGCUUUCGUUAUAAUCUUUUUUAUAGUGAUGCCUAUCAUAAUCGGCGGCUUUGGAAACUGACUUAUCCCCCUCAUAAUUGGGGCCCCAGACAUAGCCUUCCCGCGAAUAAAUAACAUAAGUUUUUGACUUCUCCCCCCCUCAUUCUUACUUCUACUGGCAGGCUCCGGGGUAGAAGCUGGGGCCGGUACCGGUUGGACCGUAUAUCCCCCCCUUGCUAGUAAUCUAGCCCAUGCCGGGGCUUCAGUAGACUUAACAAUUUUUUCUCUCCACCUAGCUGGGGUUUCUUCAAUUCUCGGUUCAAUCAAUUUUAUCACAACAAUUAUUAAUAUAAAACCCCCUGCAGCCUCUCAAUACCAAACCCCCCUAUUUAUCUGAUCUGUAAUAAUUACAACAGUUCUUUUGCUUCUCUCCCUCCCAGUUCUUGCUGCCGGCAUCACCAUACUUCUAACAGAUCGAAAUCUAAACACAACGUUCUUUGACCCAGCAGGUGGAGGAGACCCCAUUUUAUACCAACAUCUUUUCUGAUUUUUUGGUCACCCAGAAGUCUAUAUUCUUAUCCUGCCCGGAUUUGGGAUAAUUUCUCACAUCGUCGCCUUUUACUCUGGAAAAAAGGAGCCCUUCGGCUAUAUAGGAAUAGUCUGAGCGAUAAUGGCAAUUGGUCUUUUAGGCUUUAUUGUAUGGGCCCAUCAUAUGUUUACUGUAGGUAUAGACGUUGAUACACGAGCCUACUUCACAUCCGCCACUAUAAUUAUUGCCAUCCCAACCGGCGUAAAAGUUUUUAGCUGACUAGCUACACUUCACGGAGGGGCAAUCAAAUGGGAGACCCCACUUUUAUGGGCCCUCGGCUUUAUCUUUUUGUUCACAGUGGGGGGACUUACUGGGAUUGUUCUUGCUAACUCCUCACUAGAUAUUAUAUUACAUGACACAUAUUAUGUAGUUGCCCAUUUCCAUUAUGUCCUCUCAAUAGGCGCAGUCUUUGCUAUUAUGGGCGGAUUAAUACACUGGUUUCCACUAAUAACUGGAUACACAUUACACGACACCUGAACAAAAAUCCACUUUGGGGUAAUGUUCCUAGGAGUAAACUUAACCUUCUUCCCACAACAUUUCCUUGGUCUCGCCGGCAUGCCUCGCCGAUACUCCGACUACCCAGAUGCAUACACCCUAUGAAAUACCCUCUCCUCAGUUGGUUCACUAAUUUCUCUCGUAGCCGUGAUUCUUCUAUUAUUCAUUAUUUGAGAAGCAUUUGCCUCAAAACGAGAAGUAAACUCCAUUGAGUUGAUCUACACAAACGUUGAAUGAAUACACGGCUGUCCUCCGCCAUACCACACAUUUGAAGAGCCCGCCUUUGUUCAAAUUCAACGUUAG